AUGGACGACGACAGCCAUUCGUUGGUAGACAUGCGGCCCAACGGGUUUGGAUGGCACGUGUUUAAUAGCGUGGCUGAGUCGGUGACGUUGGUGCGCGAGAUGAACGUUCCAUACGCCCCCGUGACGACCCAAGGUGUGGUGCCGUUGGCCAAGAACAGUUGCCUUCAAUCAACCGCGGACGCCAACUACUACCUCGGCAAACAACUCACGUCGAAGCACAUCAGCGACAGCUUGGACAGGACUAUGUGA